AUGAGUCGGAUAACUAUAUCGACGAUUGUACAUAAUAAGGACAAUAUUUUAGUACAUAUCAAAUCUGAAGUCCCAGAGAUGAAGAACACUGUUAUCGAUAAGAAAAGAGGCAAGAUCUUUGAAGAAAUGGAAAGUCUUCUUUCUCUUUGGAUUGUUGGGUUGAAUCGUCAGGGUGCGACUAUUAGUCAAGAAGUUAUUCAAGAGAAAGCGUUGUCUUUCUUUGAGGACCUGAAGAAAAAAUAUCCAGAUGAGAAAGAUGUAGAGUUUAAGCCAAGUCAUGGAUGGUUCAUGAGAUUUAAGGAGCGAAGAAGUUAUCGCUCCAUAAAGAAGCAAGGUGAAAGUGCAUCGGCUGACAAACAAGCAGCAACGGAAUUUCCUAAUGCAUUAAAGAAAAUCAUCGAAGAAAACGGGUUUCUUCUCGAACAGAUUUUUAACGUAGACGGAACUGGAUUGUAUUGGAAAGAAUUACGAGACCGUUCAUUCUUUUCCAAGGAAGAGAAAACUAUUCCAGGCUACAAGGUCUCAAAAGAACGUGUGACCAUUAUGUUGGGAGCAGCAGAGAAGUACUGUAAGGAGAAAGGGAUUCCUUUUAAGGUUUUACUUAUCUUAGAUAAUGCUCCUGGCCACCCGCAAAACACCGUAGAUUUUGACCCCAACGUUAUUGUCAUAUACUUCCCUCCGAACACUACGUUUCUUCUGCAGCCAAUGGAUCAGGGAAUGAUAGCUAUCUUCAAGUAUUACUAUAUGAAGCAUACGCUGCGGCAAGCAAUAGCUACAACUGAUCUUGAUGAGUCCAUCACAUUUCGCGACUUUUGGAAGAGAUACGAUAUCUACAAGGCAGUAUAG